UAUCCGCUGACGUUUCCGAACUUUCAUCAGUGCUGUCGUGUUCGUGUUCGGUCGCAAAAUUUCCAUUAUUUCAUGCUGGCAGAAAAUUACGGUCAAUAAAAUUAUGCGAAAUAGGCAUUAUGAGGUUAAAAAUGUUGCCCUGUUCCUGGGGUUCUGUUUUGCUUUCAUCAGCUGUUCCGCCGGUCUCCGGAAAUACACCAAAGAGGACAUGAUUCGCUUACGCGAGGAAGUCCGAGCAAUGUUUCAGCACGCCUAUGAUGGAUAUCUGCGGUACGCCAGCAAGUAUGACGAAUUACGACCGCUUUCGUGCGAUGGCGUUGACACCUGGGGGAGCUACUCACUGACGCUGAUCGAUGCGCUGGACACCUUGGCGGUGAUGGGAAACUACUCGGAGUUCCGACGCGUGGUGGAGCUGUUGGAGAAGAAGUCGUUCGACAGCGACAUCAACGUGUCGGUAUUUGAGACAAACAUUCGAAUCGUGGGUGGAUUGAUCAGUGCUCACAUGAUGAGUCACAAGGCAGGGGUGGAGCUGGAACCGGGGUGGCCCUGUAAUGGACCGCUGCUCCGGCUGGCGGAAGACGUGGCGAGACGAUUGCUGCCGGCUUUCGAUACGAGAACAGGAAUGCCAUACGGAACAGUAAACCUGAAGUAUGGUGUGCCAUACGGGGAAACGAGUGUAACUUGUACGGCCGGUAUUGGAACGUUCAUUGUGGAGUUCGGAGCGUUGAGUCGGCUGACUGGGGACCCGAUUUACGAGGAAGUAGCUCUGAAUGCGUUGUACGGUUUAUACAAUCAUCGGUCUUCGAUUGGACUAUUCGGGAACCAUAUUGAUGUUCAGACUGGUCGGUGGACGGCACAGGAUGCAGGGAUCGGGGCGGGAGUUGAUUCGUACUAUGAAUAUCUGGUGAAGGGCGCAAUUAUGCUGAACAAGCCCGAUCUGAUGCAUAUGUUCAACGAAGGUCGGAAAGCGAUCGAUAAGUAUUUAAAGCGAGAUGAUUGGCACGUUUGGGUUAGUAUGAACAAGGGGCAGGUAACGCUUCCGGUGUUCCAAUCCUUGGAAGCGUAUUGGCCGGGAGUGCUCAGUUUAUUUGGGGACACGAGUGCUGCCAUGAAGACAUUGCAUAACUACCAUACUGUUUGGAAGCAGUACGGUUUUCUUCCGGAGUUUUACAAUAUUCCAAAUGCUGAAGCGGGAGCCAAUCGAGAAAACUAUCCACUAAGACCGGAGUUAAUCGAAUCUGUAAUGUAUUUGUACCGGGCCACGGGAGAUCCAUAUUUGCUGGAAGUUGGAGAAGAUAUUUUGCGCAGUAUAGAACAUAGUGCUAAAACGCCCUGCGGGUAUGCCACGAUCAAAAACGUUCGCGAUCACCACAAGGAGGAUCGAAUGGAGUCGUUUUUCCUAGCCGAAACCACCAAAUACCUUUACUUACUGUUUGAUCCGGACAAUUUUAUUCACAAUGAUGGCCGUGUUGGAACCGUCAUCAAUACAACCUAUGGCGAAUGCAUCAUCGAUGCUGGUGGAUAUAUUUUCAAUACUGAAGCCCAUCCAAUUGACCCUGCCAUGCUGCGAUGUUGCCAUGAACUUCCACAACAAAAUCUCUUUGCCGAUUACAGCCGCGAAAAGUUCGCAGGAGAUCGAUUGGAUCUGACCAGAACCAAAGAAGCCAAUGGAGCCGAACUAAAAGCUCCAGAAGCGCAAAAGAUCGAAAACAUUUCCGUGGUGGAAGCGCAACUCGAGGACGCCAUACCAGCUGCUGUUCUCGAAGAACUAGGUGCGAAACUUGCUGAAGCCCGCCAAGCACUGACGAAAAAACGCCUUGAAGAGGCCUUCAACCGUGCGAAAGAAUCGCUUCUCAACCAGCUCAACAAAUCUACCCCUGAAAAGGAUGUCAAUAAAACAGCCAACGAUGACAGUUUGAUUGUUCCGGUUCCCGAACCAUUAGCACCCACACCAACAGCCUCCAUUGACGAUCCUGAACGUAUGACCACCAUAAAGUUGACACCAUCGGCUCGUGAUCCGGAUGACAAAAGUUCAACAGCACAAGUUAAACUGAAUGAAAGUCAACGCGAACAGCAAGAAUCUACAAGAAUCGAGGAACCACCUCAGUCUCCUCCAGCAACAUUGACCAAAGCAGCCAUGGACGACGAUGAAGACGUCGAAGAUUCCAACCCGGCUAAGAAAUUCUUCUCGGAAAAUAGCUCCGCCGAAAGGGAUGGAAUGGAGGUGGUUCCGCCAACGGUCGGCGGCGAAUAUCAUCAGCCACAGCAGUCGACGUUGGGCCUUAACAACACCAUCACCGAGUUCGUACAGAACAUGUUCAAAACCAAAGUGUACCAGAAGGCAAAGAUGGAUCCGCAGGCGCUGCUGAGAAAAGUGAAAGAAACGGGGCACCAUCGGAACGGUACCUGGGCCAGUAAUUAUGGGCUACUCACGUGCAAGGCACAACCAUUCCUGCAGAGGAUAACACUGCUCGGGGAGUUUUUCUAGGGUUGGAUAGGAAAUAAACGAUUAUUCUAAGAAAA